AUGAAGCCGAAGAACCAAACCCUCAUCACAGAGCUGAUCCUCGUUGGCUUUACCAUGAAUCCUAAAAUAAAUGCUGUGCUAUUUGUCUUAUUUUUUAUCAUCUACAUAAUAACAUUUACCGGGAACAGUCUCAUAAUACUCCUCAUCAUUACCAAUGCCCAGUUGCACAAACCCAUGUACUUUUUCCUUUGCGUGCUGUCCGUUCUUGACUUGUGUUAUUCGACAACGGCUUUGCCAAAAUUAUUGGCCGAUCUCUUCUCUACGGAACGGAUCAUCUCCGUCUUUUCUUGUGCCACUCAGAUCUACGUCAUCCUUCUGGUGGAAGGGGUUGAGUGUCAGCUUCUUGCCCUAAUGUCUUAUGACCGAUAUGUGGCCAUAUGCCGACCCCUCCAUUACCCGGUCCUCAUGCGUUGGGGUAAUUGUUAUAAGCUUUUGGCGCUAGUUUUCAUCUUAAGCUUUAUUCUUUGCACUGUUCCAUCACUUAUGUCUCCAAUCACUAUCUGCUCUAACCGUAUUAACCAUUUCAUGUGUGAGAUGUUGGCUGUCCUGAAGUUAUCAUGUGAUAGCAUCUCUUCCAGUGAAUUUCAGAUAUUUUCCAUCAGUUUUGUCACUCUUCUCCUUCCUCUGAUGUUGAUCUUAUUGUCUUACGCUUCUAUCAUAUCCUCUGUACUGAAGAUUCGCUCUGCGGGAAGGUCUAAGGCUUUUUCCACCUGUACGUCCCAUUUGGCGGUGGUGGCUUUGUAUUUUGGGACGGCAAUGCUGAUGUACUUUGGCCCCUCAUCCAUGUACUCUACAGAUCAGGAGAAAUAUAGCUCAAUAUUUUAUGUUAUUGUGUCUCCGAUGUUGAACCCUCUCAUCUACAGUCUCAAUAACAGGGAAGUUAAAGAAUCAUUAAAGAAGGUUCUAGCAAAAUCACAUCAGUAA